AUGUUUGGAGGGGUUGAUUAUGAAAAUUACAAAUUAAGACAUGAUGAAAAUAUUGGAAAUGUGGAUAUAGAUGAAUUAAGAGGAGAAAAUAUAACAUGUGAAAUAUGUUAUCUGAUAAAAGAUACACCAGAAGUUUUCAAGAAAUUUUGGAAAAUAUUGCAUAAAUUUGAAUAUACAAUAAGGGAUUAUAAUGCAGAAACUAUAAGAGCAUUAUUAAAUUUGUUAAAUAUUGACAGUGAAGAAAGAAAUAAUUAUACAAAAGGAAAGACUAGAGUAGAGCUCCGAACAGGUCAGCCAAAUUCAGAAGAUUGGGAUGUGAAUAUAAGAUUUGGGGAAUUUUAUAAAUGGCAUAAAGAAGCUAUAUCAGAUUUGAUAGAAUGUAAAGAUAGCACUAUUAGAAGAUACAAAAAUAUAUUAUAUGAAGAAGCUGAGUUAAAAGAAGACAAGUCAAUAGAAAAGAUAGAAGCAUUCAAACAAAAGAUUAAAUUAAUGUUACACACAAUGUACAUAAAAGAUUCUAAACAUGGUUGGGGAGUUACGAAAGAAAUAAUUGAAAAAGUUUAUGAUAAGAUUAGGGUAUCCUGUAAAAAUGUUGUUGUUCUGUGUUUUAAAUUCCAAGUGGUGACCGCAAUUGCGAUUUAUCUUUGUGAAAAUUAUAAUUCUGAAGAAAAAUUACCAAAGAAUGAUCUUAAAUUGAGAAGUCAAGUUAUUCAAGUUAUUCAAUGGAUUCUGUGUCUCAGAAAGGCUUCUGAAGAAUGGAAAAAUCUAAAGUUUCAUUCUAAUACUGUAAUUGAGCGUUCUAUAUUGAAAAGCAUUUGGAAGUGA